GAUCCCAUCCUCGCCAAUGCACGCUGUCAUUUCAAGGUCAAACCAUGACCUGGAGUGAAGGGUCACGUCGGGACUUCUGAACUCAUCUUCCUCGCACAAUGCAUAUCGAAUACCAAUUUCAAGUAAUGCCUGAGACGUGGGCUAAAUUAUCAGCGACUCGCAUCAAGCACAGAGAUCAAGCUGCGACGAGCUCUAAACAGAAAUGGACAAGCAUUUGAUCCAAUCGGCUCCGUCGUCAAUGUACUACAUUCCCGAUUUUAUCUCAGCUGAAGAAGAGGCUUCCAUUAUAGACAAGAUUCCAAGCAACCGCUGGAUCACCCUCUCGCACCGCCGCCUGCAAGCCGUCCCCGCGCGCCUCACGGCCACGAAUACCCUACUCGCAGCGACGCCUCUUCCAGAAUGGCUGCUCCGUCCCAUGACGGAUCGUUUCCGCGACCUAGGCAUCUUCGAGGGGGCGCCGCACGGCGUCAAUCAUUGCUUGAUCAACGAGUAUCUCCCCGGGCAGGGCAUCAUGCCGCAUGAGGACGGCGGCGCGUACCAUCCCGUCGUGGCGACUGUGAGCCUAGGCGGGACGAUCGUGCUCGAUGUCACGGCGAAGUCACCGUCGAACGCUGGCGACGCGUCGCUGAUGAGGUGGCGGAUUUUGCAGGAGCCUCGUUCGCUGCUCGUCACGACGGCGGCGGCUUACACUGAGACUUUACAUGGGAUCGCGGAGGUGCAUAAGGAUGUUGAUCUCCGACCAGAGACGGUGGCCAAUUGGGAUUUAUUGGGUGACCGUGAGGCCAUAAACGCCAAGGGAAACAUGAACGAACGAACGACGCGCAUCAGCCUUACGUAUCGGAAUGUGCUGAAGGUCUCAUCUUUAGGCAACAAACUUUUCGGGAGGACAAAAUGA